GGGAACAAACCCUUCGUCAAUACACCAGUCAUUCGGCCUUCAAAAAUACACUGUCCGUUCAUUUCACUAGUCAUCAUUAAUUGGGUGAAAUAUCGCUCACCAGCGUCCAGCUGUCAGAUACAAAUCUGAACCAAAAAAAAUGUCAUACCUCGAGCUCACGGGUCUUCAGGGUUGCAUCGAAUGUGUUACCCCAGACUCUCCACGCCAAAAGGUCAAAACGCUCUGGUCGAAUCUACUCUCUUAUCAUUUCCCCAGCACGGGCUAUUACACCGUGAUCAAACCGGCAUCCCACAAAAUCGAUGAAACGACCAAAGAUUGGCCAGAUCUCACAGUGGUCAAGGUCAUAAGGGGCGAGAAAGUGCCACGCGGGAACCUCGUCAUGGUUGAAUGCAAGCGCAGAGAGCUUGAUGUGCCCUCUGAAUGGGCUAAGCUUGAGCAGCAGGAAACUCAGCAGAUGAUUAUAGACAAGAUGAGAGCGACCUGGAAUGACGAAGCCAAAAGGCUUUACGCGGCGAUCGCGAUUGGACUGAGUGUCAGGUUUUAUGCAUUGAAUGGCGACGAGUUCAGGGUUUUGACGCCGGUGCUGAAGGUAGACCAAAAACCUGAUGCGGAGCGGAUUGUGAAAGUGGUUGAGGAUAUGAAAUCCUACGCUGCUUGAAUUAGAUAUCUAUAAUCAGCAAAUAGGGGAUGUAAUUUGUCGGAUUGUCCAAAUUGUGUAUACUUGGAAAGUAUAAAUCGUGUCAGGGUGCCGGGAAAUGGCCAGCCGAUAUUGAGGGGAUAGCAGCCCGGCUUUAAACACUUCACAGACAGGACCACCGAAUCAUAGAAAUCAGCUCAAGUUGAUCCGA